CCCACAGAUAUCUCUUCUUUUAAGGCGACUACAAAAAGGUUCUGUACGACGAAACCUUCUUUUAAAUACUUUGGGGCCGUCGAGUUUUUAUCAACAUGAGCGCAGCCAUAUACUCGUUCAUCAACUCCAUAACCAACAGCAUAACGUCUCGAUACGAUAUUAAAUCGCAAAUAUCUACAGCGGGACUAUGGAAGAUUUAUCUCGGUUUACGAAAGACGACGGGAAAACAUUACGCUAUUUUUAUUUUUGAGAAACGAUCGCUUGAUGUCUCCUUUAAACGCGAACGAGGUGCCUCGAAAAAUGAUACGGAAAAAGUCUACGAACUAUUAAAAAAAGAAGCAAGUUUCCUUUGAACAAUUCCGAUAAUACUUGGCUACCAGAUUGCUAACAAUCAGGGAAACAUUCUCAUUACCACGCUAUAGGCUAGCAAUUUGGCACGUUUACGGCAUCCAUCCAUCUUGGAAGUGGUAGAGCCGGUUUCGGAAUCAAGGUCUUCGAUCGCCUUUGUUACGGAACCGUUGUUGGGCACCUUAUCUCAUUUGCUGAAAAUGGACAGUAAUUAUUCGUCGCCAGGAAGCGAUACGGCAUAUGAAAUUGAUGAACUAGAGGUAAUGACAAUACUUUGAUGGGCAAAAAGGAAAGGCAACAAAAAGCAAGGGAGUGUGUGUGCGCAUGCAUGUGGAGUUUUGAGGUGCAAUGAUAUCCUGAACAAAAAACGAUAUAUCCAAAUGAUUCUAUAGAUUCAAAAAGGAUUGUCUCAA